UUGCAUAUUUUUUCAGCUUUUUCCCACGUGAUCAGGGACCAAGGAAUGUAGGCUGUGGACUUGAAAAUGCAAACUACAACAACGGUUGUUACAUCAGUCUUACUAAGCUUUGUUAUCAGGCAUGCAGAAGAUUAUAUCUGGAGUGCUUUGUUCAACAUGGAACACAACUCAACAAUGAAAAUACCGGUAGAGAUAUUGUCAGAUAUCAACCAAUCCAUGAUAGAAAACUAUAACAAAAGUUUAAAAGAUAUCUCAGAAAAAUGUGAAAUAAACUUACAUAUAGCAGAAGAAAAAUUGAACAAAUUUGGCAUGAGCUGCAAUUCCGAGAGUAAAAAAUUACAGGAUAACUAUGAAAAAAUGUUGGAAAAAUAUAACAAAUGUGAAAUGGAUGUGAAUAAAACAAUGGUGGAAUCAGCCAGGUGGAACAAUGAAACUCGGAAUGAUUUGGAGAUCGUCAAGAUAAAACAGGAUUAUGACAGAAAAACACAGUUAAAUCCAGAAUUAUUGCUGCUGUCUGUGUUUUUGCUUGGGAUAGGAGAAUUUGUGGUGUUCAUGCUCCUCUUGAAUGCACUAAAAAAACUAAAAACACUGAGAGGUCAAUCAAGAACUGCUGACAUGACCCAGAAUUUAAAUGCUACAGCACCUGGUAGAAACUGGUUCAGUAUAAAAGGAACGGAAUUCUCAGGACUCGAAAGAUCAGUCGCCAUCGUCAGUUUCAACAACAAUCGACAAGCAGAACACCAGAAUUUGAUGAAAGACAUUUUAUCAGGCAUAGAAACUCAGUCUUUCUCUAUCACCAAAAGUGAACAGGCAUUACAAAUCAAAUCAAAGGGAAAGUGAUCCUUGUCUAUUGUGGACACAAAGAAUCCGGAAACAUGGGAGAUAACCUCUUCAGUGAUAAACUAACAUCUGCAAACAGACAUAAAGAACUGAAAUCAUUGAAAAAUGAUGGCUGCUUUCUCAGCAUUAACAAAGCCUUUUCUGACAAGCAAAAGGAGCAUUUAAAGGCUAAACUGAAGCAAUAUUUAGGGUAGAGUUUAGUUGGACAUAUAUGAAGUUUUUACAUUCCUGAGACUUUUUUUACAACAUUUGAAAAAUUUUGUAUCUUAAAAAAAGUUUAAUCAUUAAGUUUCACAUCUUGAAAAAAUAUGGCUAUAAGAAAGAAAGAACGAUUGUGUGUAUGGCCAGUUGAAAAGUCCAAGAUAGUUUUUUUUUUUUUUUUUUUUUUUUUUAAGGAUUUUUGAAACAUUGAAAUUAAGAUUGUUUCACUUAUUUAAAAUUUUAUUAUCUAUUUACAUCUAUCACUGCCUUUCACUGCCCAGUUUGUGCCAUAUUGGUUUUGUACUUGCAAUGACUUCAGCCUUGUUCUUUGUAAUGUCUGAAUCAUGGUAAUCAGCAUUUAAAAAAAGUAAAAGCAAA